CACGAGGCUGUCAUCCGCUCUAAACCAGCUUUUUAUCUGAAUCAUCCAUCGCGACUAUCCUAUCCUCCGCGAUAUGUCUGAUCGCCAUCCAACGAGAACGUAACGAACGUGGUACAGAAUUUCGAACAAAUCCUCAUAAUUGUCACAACAGCCGCCGCCCAUCAUGGCUUCAUCAACAACGGCAACAUUCGUGAUGCCUGGGGACGAAAUCGACCCCUCGCUCAUCCCUUCACACAAAAAGCUCCCACUUCGUCUAGGCCCCGGCCUCCGACACGUCCCUCCAAAUAAAAUCGUUCCUGUCAUUGCCGGCCAGAUUAUCACAGAUCCGAAGAAGAACACAAUCUGGGUUGAGAAUGCUGGUGGACGGUACGUCCCCUCACCAGGCGACCUAGUAAUAGGCACAGUACACCGCUCCACCAUGGACGCCUUCCAAGUCCAUCUAGCCGACUACUCCGCCCCGACCCUCCUCCCCCACAUGGCCUUCGAGCUCGCCUCGAAGAAGAACCGGCCGCAGCUCCCCCCCGGCUCGCUCGUCUACGCCCGCGUCGUCUCGGCCCGGAAACACAUGGACGCCGAACUGGAAUGCGUCAACCCGACCACCGGCAAGGCCGACGGCCUGGGUCCCCUCGUCAACGGUAUGCUCUUCCACAUCUCCCUCGGCAUGUCCCGCCGCCUCCUCAUGGCCCGGCCCGCUUCGGACGGCGGCGUCGUGGUCCUCGACGAGCUGGGCGCCCUCGGUGCCGCCUUCGAGACCGCGGUGGGCAGGAAUGGUCGGAUCUGGGUCAAUAGCGAGAGCGUGAAGACGGUCAUUGCUGUGGGGCGCGCCAUCCAGGCGGCGGAUAAGGAGCAGCUAUCCGUCGAGCAGCAGAAGAAGCUUGUGCGGAAAUUGAUGAAAGAUUUGAGCUGAAAAAAAGCUACACGCGACCUUCCCCCCCCUCUGGUCUUUUUUUUUUCUUUUUUCGUUCUCGACUAACAUUUGAUGACUUGUGCACGUGAAACAAGGUCAUGUCUGUUUUUGCUUCUCCAUGUCUUCCAUGUGCUGCACGUCCAAGACUGUACUGGCCUUGAGAGUCUGCGUAUAUAAGUUAUAAGUUAUACAUUGUAUGUGGUGUGUGUCGCCGCUAUUCACAACGCUUCCC